GCCAUCACAAUCAUCAAGCCAAGAGCUCGAAACUUUAGAUUAGAUAUUAGCUUGUAUAUAUAGCUUAGUUGUUAAGUUGUAACUAACUAAUUCAUAAGUAAACACCCAUCAAACACAACACUCGCUUCACUAAUCCAUCCAAUGUAUAUCCGAAAUUUUUCGCUUUACUUGCAUGCAGCAUUGCGUCGUCGACCGCGUCUCACGUUUCGCAGUCGUGGCGGACAACCGCUCAUCGAUGGCUAUCGCUUUGUGAUCAGCUACCAGCAGCAGCAUCGUUGCUAUCUAAAGUGCGCCCACUUUCGCAACAAGUGUCGCGCUCGUGCCAUACAGAAUAAGGUUACCGGUCAGGUGCAGUUGAGCAAUGGAGUUCACAAUCACAAUCGUGGCCAAGACCAACACUAA